UGGCAAACGGAGCGCAGUCGCAAAACGGCAACACAACUGCGCGGACGUGUCGCGCGAUCGGUUAGAAAGUAAGUCAUUAUCAAGAGUUAUACAAACCGCAAAAGCAACGGUGGCAACAGCGGCAGCAGCAGCAGAAACCACAUCCACCUCAAGUGCCUCAAAAUCAAUUCUUGCCAUGUUUCGCAUCUUAGCUGGAGUGACUUGCUUAAUCCUUUGGCCAUCUGUGAUCCAGGCUCUGGCUCCUGGCUUACAAGUGGCCAAGCAGUGGAAGCUCCUUCGCUACAACUUCGAGCCCCAGGCUCCUGUAAGUGAUCCUAAUUUCUACAAUGGCCAGAAUGUCUUAAUCACAGGAUUGGCCGUUACGGAGGAUCGCAUUUUUGUGGCUACCCCCAAAUUGUUCUCGGGAGUAUCCUCCACUGUCAGCUGGGUUUCCAAGGAUCAGUUUGGGGACUCACCCACCCUAAAUGCCUUUCCUGAUUGGUCCUUCUCAAAUACCGGUCGCAGUGACUUCAACUGCAGCGAUCUGAUCCUGACAUCAGUCUAUCGGCUCCGUCUGGACUCGUGUAAUCGGCUUUGGCUCCUGGAUGCUGGAAUUUCCCGAUCUCUGGAAGACUUUGAAGUCACCUGUCCACCCAAAAUCCUAGUGGUAGACUUGGCGACGGAUCGAGUUGUAAGGCGAAUUGAUUUCCCUCCAGAAGUCCUGCGCGGCGAAUCCCUCUUCACCAACAUGGUGAUCGAUGAGACGACAGCCAAGGGCUGCGAUGAUGUCUUCGUAUACAUCACGGACACCGUGGAGCCGGGAAUAAUAGUUUACGACAGUGGCAAGGACGUUACAUGGCGGGUAUCGCAUCCGGCCAUGUAUCCCGAUCCGGAUUUCGCUCAGUCGGAGAUCCAUGAGUACCAGUUCGUUUUGAUGGACGGAGUGGUGGGCCUGACUUUUGAUGAGCGUUCAGGGGUGGUAUACUUCCAGCCCCUAGCCACAGAUAGAGUUUUCUCCGUUCACAAGAAUGUCUUGCGAGCAGGUCCACUGCCAGACAAUAAAAUGCUGGAUGUAAAACUUGUCGGCAAGAAGAGCUCCCAAGGCAUUGGACUCUCGGUUAACCCAUUCGACAGUAGCCUGAUCUUUGCUCCUCUGAGUGAGACAGCUAUCGCCUCGUGGAAUCCCACCACCAACCAACAAUCUGUUUUGGCCUACGAUCGGGAUCAGCUGCAGUUUGUAGCGGAUAUAACUACCACCAGAUCGGAGCCAGGCGUGAUCUAUGCCAUCUCCUCAAAGUUCCAUCGGUUCUUCCUAAAGAACUUAAAUCCCAGUGAGUUCAAUAAUCGCAUCGUCAGAUUGGAGUUACCCUCUGGCAGCUCCCUAUUGGGUCACCGCCUCGCUCUGCCUCCCGCUCCCACCCACAACAGUAUCCUGAACUAUGGACUCUACAAUACCCAUUCCCAAGCUUCAACAAACGCUCUGCAGACCUACUUCACCAGUCCGGGACUGACCACACCAUUCACCACCAAAACACCCUACAAAUUCGAAGUCGGUGGCAUUGUAAAUUACGCGGCCCGCAAUCCGUUCACUGCUCUAAACCAGGGAGAAGCUUUUCCGCCCAGCAAGGCGACCCGGGAUAAUUACCAGCGCUCCUAUCUGGACACUCUAGUGGGUACCACAGCCCCGGCGGCUACCACCCGUGUGUCAUCGGUGCCAACUACCGCCUACACCACCCGGCACAGUGGCUACUACUACCAGCGCGGAACUUAAGCAAACUUAUCCGAAUAAGUAAACUAUUAGUAACUUGUGUGUUCACGCUGCGUAUGCGCCAUGAGAAGAGCAGCCGAUGUAAAUAAAUCUUUAAAAAUCUAUAUUGAUUAAAUUAAUUUAACAAAACUG